UUUAGUUUGUCAAUCAAGAGAAAAUGGGAAGGAAAUCCUAUGUGUGGUCAUGGAGAGCAUUCGGACAACUCGCCAGUGUUCUCUGUCUGUCCAUGCUGGUAUGUGGGGAGAAGCCAUGAGGUUUCACAUAAUUGAUGAGAAAAACCACAAAGGGCGCGACAAAGCUAUUGUAUUUCCCGCGCACACAACCAUAGCGUUUAGUAGCUUUGAUCUGUACAUUCAUCUGGAUGGUCACUUUGAGCUUUGUGUCUCAUCUGCUUCAAAAGGAGGAUUUGAGAAGGAGCCCAGUAGAUCGUUUUCAUUAAACGCUAUACGGAACACCCUGUACCGAACAGGCAUCUUAUUCACCGGAAAAAGAACAAUGGAUAUCAUUGCUAACGCAGAUUCUUACAUGGAUGACAUCUUUUCCGAUUACUAUGACAAGGCUGCUAGCAUGACUGACAUUUCUACUACAUUCAUGCGAGAAGGCGCUCACACUCGUGUUAACCUCCUGACCAAUAACAUUUCCAAGGGACCCUGCGCUCUGUGUGGGAUGGGAAACUCCAAAAGAGAGACUGUAUAUGGCUGCUUCGAGUGCUCGUCCAAUGGCCAGAAGUACGUCAGGCUGCAUGCUGUACCUUGCUUUGACCUGUGGCACAAAAGACUGAAGUGAUCAUUGUACGUGACACGUUUGUGCCCCUAUGUCGAUUCUCAGGUGAACCUGUGCCACAGCUCCCGUCACAUAUAUGCAAAAAGUACUCCUUCGACUACUGAACCAUGCAAGGUGCUCUGUGACUAUACUGUUUAAUGGUCAAUGAUUCAGACGGCCAAUAAGCAAACAGUGUCAAAUGGACUUAUAAACUACUAAUCACAAAAAAUAAGAAGUAGACAAUGCCAGCGUUUCGAUGCAGAACAAAAUCCUAAAUGGUAAAAGGAACCUCCUAUAGUUAUGGAGGUAGCAGAGGUAGCGGUCGCACCGGGGCCCUGGUUCCUCAGGGGGCCCCAAAGCACAUC